AUGGGCUUAGGAGACUAUUCACCUGGAAGCAUUUGGUACUAUGCUCCUAACAAAGUCGCUCCAAUCGUGUUCAUCGUCCUCUUUCUUAUCUCGGGCAUCAUUCACGCGUGGCAGACCAUUCGCUAUAAAUCAUGGAGAACGACCAUUCUCCUACCAUGGGCAGCGCUCUUGAUGAUUUCGGGCUUCAUCACUCGCGAAUACGGCGCAUACAAUACGGAUAAUCUCGCUGUUAUGAUCGCGAGCGUUGUUUUAAUCAUGUCUGGACCACCAGUGUACGCCCUCAUCAAUUACUUCAUCCUAUCGCGAAUACUCUAUUACAUACCCUAUCUCUCACCCAUGCAUCCUGGCCGCGUCGUAACCACCUUUGUCGGCCUCGACGCCGUCUGCGAAAUCCUCAUCGCUCAAGGCGCUUGGCGCAUGGCAAACUCCACCAUGACCGACAAACAACGCCAAGUAGGCGCGAAUCUCGUAAAAGCAUCCUUGAUCCUGCAAGCUUGUCUCUUUGGAGCUUUCGGUCUCAUGGCUGCCAUGUUCCAACACCGCGCUCAAAAGGCCAACGUCCUCUCCAAGAAACUCCGAACCGUUCUCUACGUCCUGUACGUAAGCGCGACCAUCAUCACGAUCCGCUGCAUCUACCGCAUCGUGGAGUACGUUGAAGGAUGGCAGGGAAAGGUCUACCAGAACGAAGCUUACUUCUGGGUCUUCGAAGCAUCCAUCAUGUUUGUCAAUACGCUUCUUCUGAACAUCUGGCACCCUGGAAAGCGGCUCCCGUCCUCCAAUAGCCGGUUCCUGGACCGCGACGGCGUCACCGAGCGUCGCGGACCAGGCUGGGCAGAUGAUCGGCCGUGGAUCGUUACCAUGUUUGAUCCCUUCGAUGUGUGGGGCUUGAUCAAAGGCAGGGAUAAAGAAACGCAGUUCUGGGACAUGUCGGACGAAGAGCUCGAGAGACUCAGGGCGGAGAAGAAGGCGAACAAGAGGCCGGUUUGGGCUGGGGCAUUGGAUCCAUUUCAUCUUUGGGGUUCGAGGGGCUAUAUUGGGAAGUAUUUGAGUAAGUCGAAGCCAACAACGAACGCAGCGGAUAACGCGGUUACUCCAGUCGCGUCACAUACGGAGGUGAAAGAAGAAGCGAAGAAUGAUGAAAAUGUGGUGUAGUUUGAGGGAGGAUGGUCAUCAUAUGAUUGUGGGUGUCUUGCUUUCGAUGCUUUUUCAUCUCUGAGUCGUCGAUAUUUGUUUAGAGUUUUUAGUUCUCUACAAUCAGGAGAUCAAAUUGCAGAGAAUGGGUGAGUCGGCACUACCCAGGUAUGAAGUGUACAGCGAGGUCGCCACCAUCAGAUAUGUUCGAGAGAAUACCAACAUUCCUGUUCUAUGCCCCAUACCGCUUCGAUUGCAAUUUCGGG